AUGGAUAAAUCAACAGACACUAAUUUCCCAAAGCUGGAGAAACCUACAGGCAAGAAACAAACAGCGACGGUUGUUGUCGGAGCGUUGGCGGUCGCAUGGUUGGCGAUAGAGCUCGUGGUUAAGCCAUUGUUCAAGAAAUUCAACUCCUCUAAGGACAAAUCCGAUUCCGACGAUGCCACAGCUCCUCCCGCGCCCGGCGCCUAA